UUGAUUGAUGGAGCAUCAUCACUCGGGACGUUGUGUCAUUCAGCUCAAUAUGAACAAAACACUCGGCAAUGUACCCUUUUCGCUGUUUCAAUUAGUCCCACUGGAACUGCGCAAUAUAAUCCAAAUGCCAAUGUUUUAUAUUUCGAAAAACUUUGCGUUCCAGAAGCUGUAAUGGGUAAGUGCAAAGGCGAUAUGCGACGAGUUCCUCAAUAUAUCCUCAUUGGGCAUGCACGUGCCACUGUGGACGCGCCAACGCAUAGUUCAUGCGUUGAAAAGUGCAUGACAGCAUUCGUGAAUUUCGGUUUUAUAUGUCGCUCGGCGAUGCACUUUUACGAGUUCUCGAAAGAGAACUGCAUAUUGAACGUUCAUUCAUCUCGAACGAGAGCACCGUUCUUCACUGCUGAGAAACGACAAAAAGUGGAUUAUAUCGAGAUGAACGAUUGCUUUCAUGACGAACGUGAGUGCUUUUGA